AUGUCAGAACUAAAAGCAAGCAAGGACGCGUUGAUUGCGUCCCUUUUUGAAUUAUCCAAGGCGGCUCUGGAAGCUGCUAAAAACGCGGUUGAUUUCUACAAGGUAGCCACCGGAGGCAGUGAAGAUAUCACAGCAGAGCAAUUGGAGGCAAUUCAAGAAGCCACGAAAGCAGCGGCUGAUUCCGCUUCCUCUGUGAAACACGGCCUUGGAGCUAACGGUCAAAAGAGAAGAAAGGUUGAAAGGGAUCCAAAUGCACCAAAGAAACCAUUGACAAUGUUUUUUGCAUUCAGCUUCCAUUUGCGUAAAUUGAUUGCUGAGGAGAGAAAGAAAAAGGGAUUGCCAAAUCUUGGAGCUAUUGACUUGAACCAGUUGGUCAAAGAGCGUUGGGACAACAUCUCUGAUGAGGAGAAAGCCAAAUGGAAACACAAGUACGAAGAUGAAUUGAAACUUUACAAUGCUGAAAAGGCCAAGUAUGAACAAAGUUUGAAAGAUGGGUCCGACUACAAGCGUCCAGAGCAUCCAUAUACUAGUGGAUUCGAAGAGGCUGAAACUCCUUUGAUUGAAGAGGUUGCUGAAACAGAAGAAGUUGAAGCACCAGCUCCAACUUUGUCUCAAGAAGAAAUAAAAAAGAAGAAAAAGAAGCACGAAAAGAAAGAAAAGAAAAAGAAGUUGGCCGCUAGCUCUCCAUGA